AUGUCUGCCUCCAGCCAAAACAACAUCGAUGUCGAUGCGUUGCUCGACUUUUCUGCCUGUGAUGGCAGCUACAACUCGCCUUCGCUGUCGCCAUCGACGAGCUCAAAGCCUACCUUUGCCAGUCCAGUUACCGCUGCUGUCAGCACUCCCAGUCUCCCAACCUCAUCUCAGACCCUGAGCGGUCCUAGUCACAACUAUGAUAUGUACCGCCAGCAGACCGGAUUUGUGCCUGGUGCCUUGACAAACACCAUGGCCGUCAACCAGACCAACAACACCGGUUAUCAGGACUUCGGCAGCCUCGACUACCUCUCCAGCUUCAGCCCCGAGAACGACGUCUUUGAUUUCAACGCUUCUCCGUCGCAGGCCACUAUGGAUAUGGAGUUCGAAUCUACCACUGAUUCUCAGUUCUUCUCUACCGUCAACCCCAGCAGCAUUGAACAGGAUGCUUCACCUCUUUCACAGACUAGCAGCGUCGGCCGUCUCUGGCCUGGCGCCCACUCCCAAGCCGCUCUCGCCAAAGCACAAGCACAGCAGCGACAGCAGCAGCUCAUUCAGCAUCAGGCUCAGCGUCAGAGCCCCCAGAAGCCUCGUGGCAAGGCUCCCCAACCCACAGAUCCCAUUGUUGAGCAGAAGAUCACUCAACUUCUGAACUCGAUGCGGGCCAAGGCUGCUUCCGACGAACCCGAGUCUCAGUCUGUUCUCAACAACCUGCCCAAGGCUAAGAAGGACGAGGAAGAGAUGGAUGAGGAUGAACGUCUCCUUGCCAGUGAGGAGGGCAAGAAGCUCAGCAGCAAAGAGCGAAGACAGCUCCGAAAUAAGGUGUCAGCCCGCGCUUUCCGUUCCCGAAGAAAGGAAUACAUCUCCCAACUUGAAGCUGAGAUUGCCAACAAGGUCAACGAGAAUGGUGACCUUAGAUCGCAGAAUCGUGCUCUCAUGGAUGAGAACAAGCGUCUGUCUGACCUGACACGCAUGCUACUCUCAUCGCCAUCUUUCUCGACAUUUCUCGACCACCUCAGCACAAGCCCUACCGCGCUCCCCCAAGGCUCUCCUGUCAAAGUUGAGCAGACCCAGCAACAGGAGCAGAACCAGGUCCCCAAGGACGUCAACGCCUACAACGGCCAGUUCUCCUCCCAGCAGCAAAUCGGAAUGGCCAUGAUCCCUGAACAGACCAUGGACUUCUCUCUCCUCAGCCUGGGCAACACCUACAACUUCCAGCCUCAGGUCUUCGUUGUCGACACCCCUGAGAUGCCCAAUGCUAUUGAUGCCUCUGUCCUAUCUGGCAAGACAUCUAACUUUGUCGAGGAGUCUUUCAGCUCUGAAGAUGAGAAGGUCGAGGUUCCUGUCAUUGAACGUCCAGUGGAGACCAAGGCUGUGGAGGCUCCCGAGACUUCGGUUGACGAGGAGUUUGAGUCUGACCCCGAAUUUGCUCUGUUCCAUUCUCAACCCGCCACUACCGCUGAAGCUACCAAGGAUAUCGACACUGACAGUCUGACUGAUGUCGACCUCUUCGGUGGCAUCGAAUCUGAGAAGGUGUUUGACCGCUACGAACUUGUUGAUGCCACGGAAGAAGAAGCCACUGCUGUAUUUGCCAUGGCCCGCGUCCAAAGAAUAAGUGCCACUAUCGACUCUGUUGUGUCAAGGUUAGAACUCUUGACGAUGGAUUUGUAA